AUGUCAAACUCAGAUUGGGACUCAGUUACUAUUAUUGGAUCUAAAGCCAGAAUUGGUGGAGGUGGUCCAAGAGAAACAGUGGCUAAGACUUCUUCACAAUUAAAUGCUGCUAGAAGAGCUGGAGCUGUUGUUGGUACAGAAAAGAAAUAUGGUAGUGCCAACACCAGAUCCAAUCCAGAAGGUCAAAGAUUAACUAAGUUAGAUGAUAUUGAUGAUGUUGUUAGUGUUAAAAAGGUUGAUGUAAGUGUUGGUAAAGCAAUUCAACAGGCUAGACAAGAAAAGAAAUUUACUCAAAAGGAUUUAGCCACUAAGGUAAAUGAAAAACCAAAUGUUAUUAAUGAUUAUGAAGCUGGUAGGGCAGUACCAAAUCAACAAUUAUUAGGUAAAUUGGAAAGAGCCUUAGGAGUAAAAUUAAGAGGAAAGAAUAUCGGAGAACCUUUAUUUGCUAAAAAGAAGUAA